AAGCCGAGGAGGGCACGAUGGCAGUGGCACCUGCUGCCAGGCAGCCCGGGCGCGGCUUCUCCCGCCGGCCCCGAGGCAGCAGUACCCGGCCCCCUCCCGAAAUGCUGGAUGGAUGAGGCGCCGGGGUGAGAAUGCUAGCGGGCCGCCAUCUUAACUGCGGGCUUCCCUCAGCGCAGGCGGCGGGAGCCAUGUCUGCUGAGGGUGGUCUCCUGGCAGGAAAAAAGGCUGCUCGCCCGUCCCCUGCGCCUGGGCCCGCCCCGGAGGGCGUGCAGGGCGGCGCUUGAUGCUGCGCUCUGCUGCUGCGCAGACGGGGCGCUACAGGUGGGCUCCGACUCCGCGCCUCACUCUCCGCCCGGGCGGGCAAAUUAAAAGUAUUCUGUGUGCACAGCUGAAAGCCGUGGGAGCAGUUGGGCAGGAUGAAGCCUGUCAUUGUGGUGCAUGGUGGAGCUGGCCGGAUCUUUAAAGAACGAGAAGAGGGAAGUCGCACUGGUGUUGUCAGAGCCGCACUGCGAGGUUACAGGAUCCUGAAACAGGGAGGCAGUGCCUUAGAUGCAGUUGAGGAGGCAGUACGAUCAAUGGAGGAUGAUCCUCAUUUUAAUGCCGGCUGUGGAUCUGUUUUAAAUGAAAAAGGUGAAGUCGAAAUGGAUGCCAUUAUCAUGGAUGGGAAAAAUUUAGACUCUGGAGCAGUAUCUGCAGUUAAAUGUAUAGCAAAUCCAAUAAAACUUGCUCGACUUGUCAUGGAAAAAACGAAGCACAUGCUGCUGACUGACAGUGGUGCACACCUGUUUGCUCAGGCCAUGGGUAUUCCUGAGACUCCAGGGGAGAAACUCAUAACCGAGAGAUCCCGGGAGAGAUGGAAGAAGAACCUUGAGCCAGAUUCCAACCCUGAAGAGUUCCAGAAAGACCUUGGAACAGUCGGUGCGGUUGCUAUAGACAGUGAAGGAAAUGUAGCUUGUGCAACAUCCACUGGAGGACUCUCUAAUAAACUGAUUGGCCGUGUUGGUGACACAGCAUGCAUAGGAAGUGGAGGUUAUGCUGAUAACCACUCUGGUGCCACUUCAACCACAGGACAUGGGGAGAGCAUUAUGAAAGUGGUGUUAGCCCGACUGAUCCUCUAUCACAUGGAGCAAGGAAUGUCACCAGAGAUGGCUGCUGACACUGCAUUAGACUACAUGAAGACACGAGUUGGAGGCUUGGGGGGUGUCAUUGUUGUUAACAAUUCAGGAGAGUGGGCAGCAAGGUUCUCCACCAAGCAGAUGUCCUGGGCUACUGUUGAGAAUGACCAACUGUAUUAUGGGAUUUAUGCUGGGGAAAGGCAUACAAAACCUGUUGGUGAAGCAGUUGCAUCUGAAAGUGAGGGAUUCUGAGAAAUGAGAAAACAUCAACCAAGGAAAAAUGAAGAUCUCCAGUUUCUGCUGGAAGACAAUAUCAGCCGAUUUUACCUUUCUGAAAGAUCUGUACUCUUUUGAUUGGUUCAUAGGCAUUGCCACAUUUAUAGUAAAAAUGAAAUCUGGACGUAUUUCUUCAGUGAUCAUGGAUAUAUGUAUAGUGUUUAUUAAUACCUUUGGGAAGUCAGGAGAUGCUCCAUUUCUAGAUAAGGAGAAUGGUCAGGAGGUUUCUUGGUUAGCAUACCUUAAUUCUACAUCAAAGGGACCUGAGUUUCAGUGUUGGAAGAACUCUUUUUCCAGGCUCCUCCUCAGAGACCACUGCCAGGACGAUAUAAGAGAUGAAUAGCUAUUAAUUAAAGACUGAAUUUUGAAAAUGUCAUUGCUCUCCAGAGCCUUCCAUGCAGUCAUCCCACGAUAACAAAGUGCUGAUAGUGAAAUAGAAUCACAGGAUCAUUACAGUUGGAAAAGACCUUUAAGAUCAUCAAGUCCAACUACUAACCUCACACUGCAAAGCCCAUUGCUGAACUAAACCAAUAGCACCAAACAACAGUGAAGAGUUAAGACUUCAUCAUUGUCCCAGGCUUGAGGUAACUGUCAGGGGAAAGAACAAUGAAGCAAAGAAAGAAGCUUUUCUCCAGAGAUGGGAAAUGUCACGUUUUCCACAGAGUCCUGUUGUAUUCCGUUCAUUAGCAUCAGACCUACAAUUGAAAACCAGUCACCACAACAAAGUAGGCUACAGUAUUUUGAAGUGUAUGUAGAUAGCUAACAGGAAAGAUAUUAUUGACUUCAUACCUGGGGUGGUAAUAAAGAAGGUCUUGAUUUCAAUAAAUAUAAAUGAAACAGCAAUCUUCAUUACUCAAAGGUGAUAGGCACCUUUUAUGUAUAAACCUGAGACAGAGAGGAGAUGAUUAACUGGAAAAAUAAUGAUCUGAAAUUAAGUGAUAAAAGCAAACUGUACUAAAACAAACAAACCUGCCUCUUGACAAGCUGCUUUGUUGAAGUCUGAAAUGUUUUCGGGAGAGAUUUAAGAAAGAAUUGAUUUUCUGCAUACAGUUUCCUCAUCAAGAUUUUGUAUUUUUAAAAGAUAAAAGCAAAAUUCCUAAUUUCUAA